AUGUCGGUCAUAACGUCACUCUGGUGGCCCGAGGAUAGGAUCCAAGCCACUCUAAGCUCGGAGUACAUCUUCAACCAUCUGCCCUCCAACAUCCUGCACCGUCUCGUGACUCCGUUGCCAUGGGGUGAGGGAUUAACGAGCGAGACCUACCUCGAAUGGAUUCUCGCCAAAGCGGGAAGACUCUUCCUGAUUCUCGUUGACAUCGGGAUCCCCGAGCGAAUCUUCGCCUUGGUGGAAGAGUCGCUUGAUGACUCCGAUCUGCCCAUUGCGGCCCACAGCGUCGACCGUCUUCAUUUAUCCCCAGACACGGAGGACCCCGCGUUGGACUCCAAGUUCUUUCUUGCGCAGUGGCGGUUUGUCGUUCGUGGUAUCGACGAAGGGGAACAUGUAAAAUAUACGGAGAACGAGGGCGUCCCGGUGGAGUUGCUCCGAACCGGCACAGCCCUGGCGAGGGAUGGAGUGGAAAGGGUGGUCCUAGCCGGGUCUGUUUGUCGGGUGUAUUUGCGAACGCAAGUCACAGUGGGAGGGCCACCGCAUUUUUUCGAGGAAGACGAGGUCCUCGAAGAGGUUCGCUCGCUGAAAAGGCUAUCCCACGAGCAUGUCUAUUCGAUAUACGGAUCAUAUUUUGUCGACAAUACAGUCUGCAUUCUCUUUUCCGGCAUCUACGAACGCACUCUGAUGUCUUUUCUUACGGACGUGCCCCAGCAAUUCAAGCGCCUGUCCAAAGAACAACGUCGAGAGAUACUACUCAACUGGCCGCAUUGCCUGGCGAAUGGGUUAUCGUGGCUACAUGCACAUAACCAGGUGCACGGCGGCAUUCGACCGUCUAACAUCUUCGUCGACGCGGACUAUAGAAUCUUCCUGGGUCAAUUCGAGGCCCUGGACACUUUGCUACCUCCGGUGAAGAUCGACGAUGUUGAGUCGUAUCAGUAUGGCGCUCCGGAACGUUGGGUUCGCUCCGCCACUGUGCAGGAUAGUGGACCCUCUCGGGCACCCUUGCCAUCUGGUGGACGCACGGUUCGCAAACAGUCAUCUCGGCCAUCCAGACUCAGCUUCGGCAUGCUCAAAGGAUCGCAUCAAGCGGAUCACGACGUUGCGGACUCGCGGCCAGAGUCCAUUCUCUCACAAGGAACUGCCAUCCGAGUCGUAUCUCCGGGCUCUCCGUCUCGAUUUUCUUUUGGGCCUUCUUCCUCAUCCGGGUCAAGCGACGGAAGCGCUCGAAAGCGCGUUAUAUCUUCCGUGAAACGGCCCAUCUUUUACACUCCUUCGAUCACCUCAUCCAACUCAUCGGGCUCUUCUUCGCACCAGGCUCCUCUAGGUCCGGUCAGCCUGCCGCUUGCGCACUCCAACGCCGCAGUGGUACACACCUGGCAGUCCCGUCAAACCAAUCCGGAGGCAUCAGACAUUUUCUCUCUCGGCGCGGUCACCGUGGAUAUCUUCACCCAUCUUUGCAAACGCAAGAUAUCCUCAUUCGUCCAUCACCGCGGGGCCAAGAACCGGACUGCCGGUCGUGGAGGAGGCGUUGCGGACUGCUCAUUUCACCUAGAUCGGAACAUGGCCCAGGUCACCUCCUGGAUCACACUAUUAGACCAGGACUCAAAGAAGCAGAAGAGCCCCGUCUUCCAGGCCGUCCGGGCCAUGCUUUCCAUGUCACGAGCCAUGCUGAGCAAAGACCCAGCCGAUCGUCCGUCAGCCUCCCAGGUUGACCACUGCUUUUCGUCCGCAAUCCGACAACUAAGCGGCGUGGCCAACUUACACUGCUCGUCCCAUCUCCAUCUCGCCACGAAACGAUCCAAGAGCGCACUGCCUGGGAGAAAGCUCACAGAGACGGAUGGCCCAGCGCAUCACAUACUCGAUGUUCCCUCGAAAUCAGCGACACCCGCGCCCGCCUCGCCGAGCAAACAUCUGAUAGUUCACGACCAAUCCGUCGUCGACCCGGGCGGAUCCGACAGUCUAUACCCGUCCCCAGCCGCAUCCAUGGCCAACUUCAAUUUCUGUUUCGACGGCUACCAGAACAGUGACACCGAUCCAGAGAGCGCCGGGUACACAAAUUGUCUUUGGUCUAUUUUCUACUGA